AUAAUCAACCCCAAUUUCAUUCAAGAAGUGGCUCCAGAGUUUCUUGUGCCAUUAGUGGACGUCACCUGCCUGCUCGGCGACACAGUGAUGCUGCAGUGCAAAGUCUGUGGACGGCCCAAACCAGCUAUAACCUGGAAAGGACCGGAUCAAAACAUUCUUGACAACGACAAUGGCACGGCCACUUACACGGUGUCAUCCUGUGACUCUGGGGAGCUCACCCUGAAGAUCUGCAACCUGAUGCCUCAGGACAGUGGCAUCUACACCUGCGUGGCCACCAACGAACACGGAACCGCAUCAACCUCUGCAACCAUCAAAGUCCAAGGUGUCCCAGCUGCCCCAAAUCGCCCUAUUGCUCAGGAGAGAAGCUGCACCUCUGUGAUCCUACGCUGGCUACCCCCAUCCAGCACAGGCAAUUGCACCAUUUCAGGCUACACUGUGGAGUACAGAGAAGAAGGCUCGCAGGUCUGGCAGCAGUCGGUAGCCUCAACUCUGGACACGUACUUGGUCAUCGAGGACCUGGCCCCAGGCUGCCAGUAUCAGUUCCGAGUGAGCGCCAGCAACCCCUGGGGGAUCAGCCUGCCCAGCGACCCCUCCGAAUUUGUGAGGCUCCCGGAGUACGACUCUGCUGCUGAUGGUGCCACUAUUUCGUGGAAGGAAAACUUUGACCUCACUUAUGCAGAGCUGCAUGAGAUUGGGAGGGGUCGAUUCUCAAUAGUAAAGAAAUGUGUUCACAAAGCCACCCGGAAAGAUGUUGCUGUAAAAUUCAUUAGUAAAAAAAUGAAAAAGAAAGAGCAGGCAGCACAUGAAGCAGCUUUGUUACAGCACUUACAGCAUCCUCAGUACAUCACCAUCCACGAUACCUACGAGUCUCCUACUUCUUACAUUUUAGUUUUGGAACUGAUGGAUGAUGGUCGUCUCUUGGAUUAUCUAAUGAACCAUGAUGAACUUAUGGAGGAAAAAGUCGCUUUCUAUAUAAGAGACACAAUGGAAGCCUUGCAGUAUCUUCACAAUUGCAGAGUGGCUCACUUAGACAUAAAGCCAGAAAAUCUGCUCAUUGAUUUAAGAAUCCCAGUACCUCGUGUCAAGAUCAUUGAUUUGGAAGACGCAGUUCAGAUCACAGGUCAUUACCAUGUCCACCACCUCCUUGGAAACCCAGAGUUUGCAGCUCCUGAAGUUAUCCAGGGCCUUCCCGUCUCCCUGAGCACGGAUAUCUGGAGCAUUGGGGUCCUCACCUACGUCAUGCUAAGCGGUGUCUCUCCAUUCCUGGACGAAAGCAAAGAGGAGACUUGUAUCAAUGUGUGCAGAGUCGAUUUCAGCUUCCCGCCCGAGUACUUUUCCGACGUGAGUCAUGCCGCCAGGGAUUUCAUCAAUGUUAUCCUCCAGGAAGACUUCAGGAGAAGGCCAACGGCAGCCACUUGUUUACAGCACCCAUGGCUGCAGCCACACAAUGGCAGCUAUUCCAAGAUCCCACUGGAUACCUCCCGCUUGGCCUCCUUCAUCGAGCGCCGCAGGCACCAGUACGACGUGCACCCGGUCCCCAGCGUCAAGAGUUUCCUGAUGAGCAGGCUGAACCCUGGCACGUAA